UCAUGUACAGAAUGUACGCUAUCUACCCGGAAGUGCCCUCACGUUUCAGCAAUCAUUUGAUUCUAUCUUGCCAAGGGACAACAGUAUGGAAAGUAGGGUUGGGCGAUAUGGCCGAUAUUUUUGGGAUGUAUCAAGAAAUGACAAUAUAAUUACAUUCAGCUGAGUCGUGUAUAAAAAGCUACAAACCUUAACACAUAUAAUUACACUUGUCUCAAAUUGUAAAGCACAUUUAUUGGUAACAAACUGCAAUACAGCAAGUGCAUUGAGUGUCUACCAAACUAAACCAUAUUUAUGACAUGAGCGCAAAGGGUGGCCAUACUGUAUGUCUGCAAAAGUCCUAUGUUUGUCUGUUAGAAUGUAUGUGAUCCGUUCCAGUGGUAAUACUGACAGUAUCUGAUGUGUCCAUUGUUUUGCUGUAGGUCUGUAGUUAGACUUCCGCAUCAGCCACACAUCUCUUUGCUGUCAUAGGCCAAGAUCUAUUACACUGCGUCCACAAUUAUUAGGCAAUUUGCAUUAUUGGUUAUUAGUUCUAUUAUUUAACAAUAGCAGUGCUCUCUCUCAAUCCAAAAUGUUAAUAAACUUCAAACUUGAAUAUUUGAGGAAGUGAAAGUGAGGUUUUGGCUUUUGUUGAGAAUAUCUCUGUGUGCACAAUUAUUAGACAACUCAAAGAAAAACCCAAAUAUUCCAAUCUCACUACUUUUAUUUUCUUUUUUUUUUUAAGUCAGAGUGAUAAACAACACAAACUUUACAAAUUAAUAUUUCUGACAUUUCCUAAUAUGAAUGAGUGACCAAUAUAUCCACCCUUCUUUUCAAUAACAUGAAAAAGCCUUCCAUCCAUGGAGUCUGUUAGUUUCUUGAUCAUUUGACCAUCAACUUUUUGUGCAGCAGCAACCAAAGCCUCCCAGACUUUUUUAGAGCAGUGGACCUUUUUUCUUCACUGUAAAUCUUAGGUUUAAGGGCCCACAAGUACUCAAUUGGGUUUAGGUCAGGCGAGCAAGGUCAUGUCAUGUCAUUAUUUUUUAAGACCUUUCCUAGCUAGCCACGCAGUGCAGUACUUGGAUGGAUGAGAUGGAGCAAUGUCCUGUGUAAAAAUCAUGGUCUUCUUGAAAGAUGCACACAUUUUCCUGUACCACUGUGUAGAAAAAAGUGUCAGUUGGUUUGGGAGUUGAGUUUGAGUCCAUCUUCAACCUGAAAAGGCCCAACAAGCUCAUCUUUGAAUAAUUCCAGCCCUUACCAGUACCCCACCUCCACCUUGCUGGCAUCUCUGAGUUGGAGUGGAGCUCUCUGCCCAUUGCUGAUGCAGCCACGGGCCCAUCCCUCAGGUCCAUCAAGAGUCACUCAUCUCAUCAGUUCAUAAAAUCUUUGAAAAAUCAGUCUUCAGAUAUUUCCUGGCCAAGUCAUAGCCUUUCAACUCGUGUGUCUUGUUCAGUGGUGGUCGAGUUUCAGCCUUUCUUACCUUGGCCAUGUCUCUACUACUCUACGUACUUCUGGACUUCUUUUGCCAGAGGAAAAAAAAGAAGCUGCCUAAUCAUUGUGCACACCUAAUAAAGGGUGUUGAUCUCCUAAGGCCACACCCUGCCUCAGUACACACAUGCACAUCACCUGCUAUGCUUAAACCCAAUAGGCAUUCAACUAUAUUCAGUUUGCGGUUGGAAAAUACUGACUUGCCUAAUAAUUGUGCACCCAGUGGACUGUAUAGUCUGUUCAUUUUUGUUAAAGUUGUGCUUGUUCAGAUACAAUCCCAACAAAAACAAUUUUCUUAGCAACAACUCUUUCAGUAAACUCUUUCGUAAACACUAAGGAGGGGGGGAAUCAGACCAAUACUAAAGAAAAUUGGAUCAAAAAUCUGUCAGACAGAAGCCUCUCGGAGACAGAGAAGGCAGUAUUAACCAAGGGUCUCAACUUCUCAGUGACUCCUAAAACGAUACCCACAGUAGACUAUAUCACAGCAGCUGAAUCGGCCAUCAGGAACAAUAACCUUUCUAGAACAGAGGCAGGGGACCUUCGUCUGAGAAUAUCGGCCCUUGUCAGUAGUGCUAAACCACCACCGUCCAAUAUCACGGUAGGUGAGAGGAAAGCAUUAGCGGCUCUGCAGAAAGAUGAGAGCAUCACCAUCUUAGCAGCUGAUAAGGGCAGAUGCACAGUGGUUCUCAACACAUUGGACUAUGAAGAAAAAAUAACAAGUCUAAUUAGUGAUGCCAACACAUAUGAGCAACUUAAAAGGGACCCAUCCAGUAGGUAUAAGAAAGAAAUCAUAGACUGUCUCCAAAAGUUAGAGAAGGAAGAACUAAUUGACAGACAGAUGUAUCAUAGGUUAUACCCUGGGGAGGCUACACCAUGUAUCUAUGGCCUUCCAAAAAUUCACAAGGAAGGGUUUCCCCUCAGACCUAUUGUCUGUAGCAUUGACUCUACCACGUACAAUGUAGCGAAAUAUGUAAAAACAGUCUUAUCCCCAUUGGUAGGCAACACUGAUCAUCAUAUAGAGAACACAAAAGGGUUUGUGGCGAGCAUCAAAGACCUCAGAUUGGAGCCAGAGGAAACUUUGGUGUCUUAUGAUGUGACUUCACUUUUCACAUCUGUCCCCACCUCAGCAGCAGUCUCGGUGGUGAGGAAGAGACUGCUCGAGGACUCAACUCUGCAUAGGAGAACAAAACUUAGUGCUGACCACAUCUGCCAAUUAUUGGAAAUUUGCCUUAACACCACAUAUUUUCAGUUUAGAGGGAAAUUUUACAGACAAAUUCAUGGUUGUGCUAUGGGCUCGCCAGUCUCACCCACAGUGGCGAAUCUGUACAUGGAAGAGAUGGAGAAACAGGCUCUUACAUCCCUCUCAGGGACAAAACCAAGGCACUGGUUUAGAUACGUGGAUGACACCUUUGUCAUAAUCAAAAAACAGGAAAUUCAGUCUUUCACAGAUCAUAUCAAUGCGGUGGACACCAAUAUCAAAUUUACUCGCGAGGACACUAAAGAAAACCAACUAGCCUUCUUAGACUGCAAGGUAAUUAUAGGAGAGGACAGACAGCUACUUACAGAGGUCUUUAGAAAGGCCACACACACUGACCAAUACCUGCUUUUUGAAUCAAACCAUCCACUACAACAUAAACUAGGGGUUAUUAGGACCCUCCAACAUAGAGCGGAACAAAUACCAACUAGUGCUGAGGGAAAGAAAAAGGAUGUCAGAUGUCCAGAGAGCGCUCUCAACCUUUGGGUACCCGCGGUGGGCUUUUAACAAAUGUCAAAAGAAGAGAGUAGGGAAAGAAACCCAAAAGCCCACAGAAGCAAAAAGGAGAGGAGUGGUAGUCCCUUAUGUAGCUGGGGUCUCCGAAAAACUCCAGAGGAAUUUUGGCAACACAAAAUUCCAACCUAUUUUAAACCAGUAAAUACCCUGAGACAAAAAUGAGUGCAUCCUAAAGACAAGGCUCCAAACCAAAAACAGAGCAAUGUGGUCUAUUCCAUCCACUGUAAAGAUGAGGAAUGCAAAGAGCACUACAUUGGGGAAACUAAGCAAAUGCUCCAAAAAAGGCUUUAUCAACAUCGCAGGGACAAUUCUAGUGGUCCUCAAUCAGCAGUACAUCUACACCUUAAAGCAACCAAUCACUCUUUUCAGGACAGCCAGGUAAAGAUUUUGGCCAAAGAAAACAGAUGGUUUGAAAGAGGAGUAAAGGAAGCUAUUUUUGUCAAACAACAGAACCCAUCAUUGAAUCGGAAUGGUGGUUUGAGGUUUAAUUUGGACCCUGUGUUCAGCAGGUUACUGAGACCAAAACCCACAGCUCUUAGUCUUGCAAAUGAGGUGGAGCCAGGGCCGAGCCGGAACAAUAGAUGCUAACGAGCCAGUAUCAGAGUCGUUCAUACCCAACUCAGGGAGCGACACUUCCCUUUUAUCGGAGGUGCUAAUGGCAGGAGAGGAUUAGACCACAACUCCGCCCAGUCUUAGUGUAAGGAACCAAUAGGAGGAGAGUGUUGGCACACCAAUUCCUCCCACUCUUACUGUAUUUAAGGCCUAGGCUACCAGCACUUAUUAGUUUGCUUACGAAGCUCUUCGGAUGAGGAGCGAAACGUCCGACAUCUUCUUCACAGAAGUACAGAUGACAUCUCAAGAAGUCUUUCCCUCUUUCAGUGAUCAAUCUUAUCUCUUCCCAAAACGUUUUUAUUUCUCUACACUGCCACAUACAAUGGUAUAAUCUUCCUUUAUCCAUUUAAAACAGGAUAAGGAAUAUCUUUAUUAUAUUUGUUCCUUUGUGCUGGUGUCAUAAGUUCUUAUUAGCCAUUUGUAUAGAAUUAGCUUGAGUCGUGUACAUUUAGUCUCUUUUGUUGUCUCUGCUGUACCUUUCUCUGCCAGCACGGGACCAUGCAUAGGGCCCUAUGAAAUCUGUUGUAUUUUUUUCCAAUUUUAGAAAAUGGAUGGAUGGAUUCAUUUUUUUUUACAUUGUACACCUAUUUUUACCAGCAUAGAGUGUGUGCUUGAUGGGUUAGAUUCAAGAGAGUUUUAUUGUCAUGUGCAUAGUACAACAGCAGUUAGUGAAUAAAAUGCCUGUUAAGUAAAUGCAAAUCCUAUAAACUACUCAAAAAAAUAAAGGGAACACUUAAUCUACCACAAUGUCAAUCUGUGAAAUCAAUUCUGUGAAAUGAAACUAUCCACUUAGAAGCAACACAGAUUGACAAUCAGUUUCACACGCUGUUGCGCAAAUGAUGAAUAAUAAUAAUAAUACAUUUGAUUUCCAUUGAUAAUUGUUGUGUGAUUUUGUUGUCAGCACAUUCAACUAUGUAAAGAACAAAGUAUUUCAUAAGAAUAUUUCAUUCAUUCAGAUUUAGGAUGUUAUUUUAGUGUUUCCUUUAUAUUUUUGAGCAGUGUAUUUAUUGAAGUACAUCAAUGGACAACUUUGCCCAGUAAUUGAGAAAUGGAUGUACCUGGCUAACUUUUCUAAUGGGAUGUCAGCCUCUGCACACGUAGCUACAAAAUCUGCAACAAACUGUAAUGCCCGUGCUUGUGAUUAAGGAAGAUGUAGUCACCGAUGCAAUUCCAACUGCAUAUUUUUUAUGACACUCUUAUUUUGUUUACACACUUAGACGACAUGGGGCAAUCGGCGCUCUUAUUUUGAAGGCCGGAAGUGUGUUCCUCUGUGUGUCGAGAAUGUCUGUAAGAUGAGCUGGGUGCAAGAAUAAACGUUCUUGUCUUUUUUCCCACUCAGAACCUGCACGUCGUCAUCGGGCAUUGUAAAAUGCUGCUAACAUUUAGAGCAGUAAAACACAACGCGGUGAAAAUAUACUCAUCCAUCCCAAGUGGCACACACGCAACCGCACCAGCAUGCUAAACUACAGUAAGCUAACCCCGCUAGCUUCCAUUCACUGAUCUGUAUAAUAUAUCUGGAUAGCUCAUACGUCGCACGCGCUCGUGCAAGCCGCUGAAGCCACAGAGAGGCCAUCUUAGCACUCACAUCUCGUACAUAGCAGACUACAUUAGCACAGCGUACAUAGUGUACAAAGCAGAUGAAGAGGCUAGCAGAACAUCUAUAUUUUAAAUUAAAAAGCGGGGAGAUUCUCCCAUUCCUUCAAGUAACGCAACCUUCGUCCCUUAAAAACGAUUUGAUACGUUAUUCUCUAUCUUUUGGCUAUAUUAAAUGUACUUUUUCCCUUCCAGUUCUCAUUGCCUUUGGGACAUAAUUCUACUGUGCACCCUGGCUCAGCACUCCCCUAUAGCAAUGAUAGUUUUACUCCUCUUGAAAGAGAUUUUCAUUUUAACUGCAUAUCCCAUCCCUUUUUUCCACUAAAAUCCAUGGUCAUGAUCCUUUACUUUUUUUUCUUACUUUCAUACAAUUCACUAUGCUCUCGUCUGUACAAAAUAUGAAUCAUAAAAGAGAGUGACUUUGGAUAAGUUUUAAAAUCAUUUCACAUUUUGCUGAUUUUUUUUGGGUGUUAUGAAAUACAAAUAACCUCUUUUCUGAUAUAGAAAUAUAUUUUAACAAAAAUCACAGGAAUAAUAUGUGAUAACCAUAAUGUGUCAUAACCAUAAGCACAUACACACACACACACACACACGCACACACACCCACACACACACACACACACACACACACACGCACACACAGAAAAAAACAACAACACUGAAACAAAACCAUAUGCUUUGGGUAAGACAAUACGUUGUUUGCAAUCUCAAACAUACCGGUAUGCAUGUUCAGUAAUAUUAUUUUCCAGAACAUAUCAUAUGAAUGAAUCCUUUUACGUCAGUCAUUCAGCAGCAGCAAAAAAUUAAUCCAAAUGAAGGGUCAUGCCGGGUCAAUUUUAUGCAAAGUGGCUUGCUAACUGCACUGUAUACAAUGCCUGGUAAGCAUCAUGGAAACACUGAGAUUCUCCCAUUCCUUCAAGUAACGCAACC